CGCACACGACACACGACAAGACUCUCUCGGUCUCUCUCUCUAAAUGCCCCAGAGAUAGGAUAUGGCCGACCUACAGGAGGCAAGACGGGAGUACGCCGUGUCAAAAUCAGCAGCCCUGAGCACGCAGCUACAAGAGAUAGCGGUUGCCAAGUUCGAAGUGGAGCACAGUCAACGACAGUUGUACGUAAAGCGAGGGAACCUUUUGUACCUCACGCCACGGCCAGAGGUGAAGACAAAGCUGGAUGCAAGCGAGAAGAAUGUCGGGGAGAAGCUCGCCAAGGUACAGAAGGCAGCAGAAGCAGCAGCAGCAGCAGAAGCUUCUGAGCCUGCUGCGAGGCGUUGAACUCUCGACAUGAGGCCUAACAAGGUCGAUUGACCUCGUGUAAACAAGCCAUGGAUGAGUCUUGUUUCUAAGCUUCGGAGCAUGAAUCUACAGAUUCGUCUGCCACCAAAAUAUUGCAAUUGGAACUUAUGCACCUCUACAGUUGACGUGUAAGUGGUAUGGAUUAGGUCGUGUGCAGCGCGAGGGUGUUCACCGACCUCAGCCUGCCAAAAACCGCCAGGCUUCUCUUGCGGCCGCUCGCUGAAGAUGUGUACUUUGGUGCACGCGUAGAAUUCUCAAUUCAACAUGUGAAAAUUCCCAUGCCAUGCAGAAGGGCAGAAGGGGGGGGGGGUCAAUGGAAGGCGAUGCUGAACGAUCCUUCUCGUUACGAGCAGAUUCGAACUUAUACGUUUGCAUACUAGCAUUCGGCGACGGGAAGGCGUUGAGGGGAGGCUGUCCAACAUGCCCCCCUUUUCCUGGAGAGGCCUUAUCCUAGCGGUUCGUUCCUUCCUGUGGUAUUUUCGUGUAUGUAUGUUGCCCAUCUUGACCAGAGCAACUUGAUGGAAGCGGUCUGAUGCUUCGAUCGUUUGAUUGUAGUAUAGGAAAAUUAAGAGUUGUGUUGGGGUGUUCGUGCAUCCCUGUACCGAUUGCACCGCGAUCCGCCGCGUAGCGGCUGGGGAUCGUACGCACAGGACAUUCGCAUAAGUCACGACCCCCUGGCACUAUUCGGCCACGAAUAUCUUUCAACCCUCAGUCACAGUCAGGCAGUGAAUCGAUGUGGGCUCUACCAAGUCGGGGUGGGUCGUGCAGCCAAUUUGUUGAAUUUGGUACAUCCCUCCGGGCGAGCCCCUUGUUUUUCGGCAUUUUAUCAAUCCCAAUAGGGUGUAGCGAGAGCAACUAUACAAAUUCCAGAGAUUUGACAUUGACAUUAGUCAAUUGACAAGUCAGCCCUGCCUAUUGGCGGGCCCUUGGAGGCACAUGACGACCGACCUUGAAGACACCGAUAGCGAGCGUCGGGGGUCGUCUAGAGUAUUCCUCUGUGUAUCAUUCGCCGAUGUCUGUUGGAAAGAACGUGGGUUUACUUUGGUUUUGGUAUUGCACAAGAAGGGUCUCCCCUUUCGUCGCCGAUCUUUUCCGAGGGAUGCAUGAGGUUGAGGAUGUAUGAUAUCGUGUUCGACGUAUGUACGAUCUCGGUAGUGCAAUAUUGAGCAGGAAAGGUCAACCAAGUCACGAGUUGUUUGUUAAUCGCUUGACGAACAGGCUGCACGGCAUGAUAAGUGAAGUGUGCAUCGGCCAAAAAUAUCCCACGUUUCUUGGGAUAGGAUGCCGUACCGUCUUUUGGCGCAGGUUGGAUUAUUUGACUAAGCCAUGAGACUUUCGCCUAGAUCGCUGCCAAGUUUCGUCUUUCAUGGAUCCCCUAAGGAAAGGGGUUGAAAUGACGUUUGGAGCGAUGGAGGAAGGCGAUCUUUGGCAUUUUUUGUUGAAGCAAAGUGCAGUUUUUGUUCCAUUCACUACAUGCUAUACAGUUGGGGAUAGUUUCGACUAUCCUUUUUGAGAAAAAAAACGUUGCAUCUUGCCGGUGACCGCUUGUGACGUGACGUGACGUGACGUGUUUUCUGCUCGCCUCUCGUCGAGGAGUGUUAAAUUCAAUUGAUAAGGCAAGUAUAGUCAGUCGCGGCCCACGGCAAUGUAAUGGCUACUUGUAUUCUUUGAGCAAAGAAAACCAAAUCGCGUACACUAGGCGUUUCACCCGCUGGUGCGUCGUAAGGACAGCGGUCUCCCGCUCCAUUUUCUUGGGGAUUGACUGUGAUCGCAGUAU